AUGUUGCCCUUCAUCAACAAGCCUUUCGAGCUUCUCGCCUCACGCCUCGGCGCAUCUUCCGACGAACUCAAGCUUAUCUUCUCGUUCCUCAUAUCGUAUCCUCUGGCUGGUCUACUAAAACGAGUUCCUGAUGCCAGGCCCGACCAGAAGAACCUUUUUAUUAUAUGUACAUCCACAUUCUAUCUAGUUGGCCUCUUUGACCUCUGGGACGGUGUGCGGACCCUUGCCAUCGCCUCUAUUGGCGUCUACAGUAUCGCCAAGUACCUUCGUACUAGUUCCUUCAUGCCAUGGAUUGGCUUCGGUUUUCUCAUGGGCCACAUGUCCAUCAACCAUAUCUCACGUCAGACUGCUAAUAACCCGUCCUCGGUCGACAUCACAGGGGCUCAAAUGGUCCUUCUUAUGAAACUUAGCGCGUUCUGUUGGAAUGUGGCAGAUGGCCAGCUCCCAGAGGACCAGCUAUCUGACUACCAAAGGGAGAGGAGGCUGGUUGACCUUCCAGAUAUACUGGACUAUGCCGGUUACGUUCUCUUCUUCCCCUCUCUUUUUGCUGGGCCUGCCUUCGACUACAUCGACUAUCGCAAGUGGAUAGACACGACGAUGUUCGACCUGCCUGCUCAGGUUGAUCCCUCCAAAGCACCUCCCGUGAGGAAGAAGAGAAAGAUACCUCGCAGUGGCACGCCCGCCACCCUGAAGGCUGCCAGUGGCUUGGGAUGGAUCGGCCUCUUUAUGCUUCUUUCCAACUACUAUCCAACUACCUAUUUGACGAGUCCUUCAUACAUGGAUCAUGGUUUCCUUCACCGGGUAUGGAUUCUUCACAUGUCUGGUUUCACGGCCCGGUUGAAGUACUACGGUGUCUGGUGCUUGACAGAGGGAGCCUGCAUUCUUGCUGGUUUAGGCUACAAUGGUGUGGAUCCUGUCACCGGCAAGGUAUCAUGGAACAGGUUACAAAACAUCAAUCCCUGGGGCGUCGAGACGGCUCAGAAUACCCGCGCCUAUCUCGGCAACUGGAAUAUGAACACCAAUAACUGGCUGAGGAACUACAUUUAUCUUAGGGUCACGCCGAGGGGAAAGAAGCCCGGUUUCCGUGCAAGCCUUGCUACAUUCGGCACCAGUGCCUUGUGGCAUGGUUUCUAUCCUGGCUACUACCUGAGCUUCAUCCUCGCUAGCUUCAUCCAGACAGUAGCCAAAAAUUACCGCCGCUACUUCCGUCCCUUCUUCAUCGAUCCCAGCAGUGGUGCGCCCACCUCCAGUAAGAUCUACUACGACAUUCUUUCUUGGUUCGUUACUCAGUUGGGUAUGUCGUUUGUCGUUGCUCCCUUCAACAUUCUCGAGUUUUCCGGGUCGGUCCAGGUGUGGGCUCGCGUCUAUUUCUACGUUAUCGUGGGCACCGUACUGUCCAUGGCCUUUUUUGCCUCGCCCGCGAAGCAGAUGUUGAGGAAGCAGCUUGAGCAACGACAAGGCAAGGCUGGUGCCAAACUCACGCGCACACUCAGUCAAGACAGUCUCUCUGGCCGGGAACCCGUCUUGGGCGUAGCGGCGGAUCCUCAGCGAGAGAUCAACGAAGCCAUGGAAGAAAUCAAGGCUGGGGUGGAGGCCCGGCAGAAGAAGGCGGCCUAA